AUUUAUUAUUAUUUAGUGAAAACGCGUCGUCACGAGUACAACAGCCAUCAAACAUUUAGUAAAAAUAAAAAAAUUUAUUGUUAAAAGACAAGAAAAAUGUUUUCGCAAGUUAACAGUUUUUUGUUUGUGAUCAUUGUUGUUUUGAUGGAGUGUUCAUGUUUAGUAAAUGGGAACGUACAUCGUAAAUUUCCGUCAGAGUUUAAAUUUGGAGUCGGAACUUCUUCGUAUCAGAUUGAAGGCGGCUGGAAAGAGGACGGGAAAGGUGAAUCGAUAUGGGAUUAUUUAACGCACAAUCAUCCCGAUAAAAUUCCGGAAGGAGCUAAUGGUGAUGUAGCUGCUGAUAGUUUUCACCAGUGGCGACGAGAUGUGGAAAUGGUACGAGAGCUAGGUGUUGAUAUCUACAGAUUCUCGAUAUCAUGGACGAGGAUACUUCCAACGGGUCUCGUCGAUAAUAUAAAUCGUGCCGGUCUGAAGUAUUACAGCAAUUUGAUUGAUGAGUGCUUGAAGUAUAACAUUACGCCCAUGGUCACUUUAUAUCACUGGGAGCUGCCGCAAAAACUGCAAGAAUUAGGAGGCUGGACAAAUCCAGAAAUAGUUGGAUACAUGAAAGACUAUGCUGAAGUAAUUUUCCAAGAAUAUGGUGAUCGCGUUACGCUAUGGACAACUAUCAACGAACCGUGGCAUAUUUGUGAACAGGCAUAUGGCGUUGAUUUUAUGGCACCCGCGCUCAAUUUUCCCGGAGUUCCAAGCUACCUAUGCGGGCACAAUAUCCUUAAAGCUCAUGCUGAAGUGGUUCAUUUGUAUCGGAAUAAAUUUCUAUCGAAGCAAAAGGGCAGAAUUGGUAUCACACUGGACGUUUCAUUUCCCCUGCCAAAGACUGAAUCAGCUGAAGAUAAAAUAGCCUCUGAACUUGCUCUUCAGUUCUAUCUCGGCUGGUUCGCUCAUCCAAUAUUUUCGAAAAAUGGAGACUAUCCGCAAGUAAUGAUCGACCGAAUAUCAGCCAUGUCAAAGCAGCAAGGAUUGAAACGAUCCCGGUUGCCACAAUUUACACCGGAAGAAAUCGAUCGAAUUCGAAAUACUUCCGAUUUCUUUGGGAUCAACAGCUACACCAGCGUUUUGGUGACACGAAAUGAUCGGAAUAAUUCAGCCGAUUAUCCGAUACCAAGCUUCAAUCACGACAUGGGUGUAAUCGAAAGUGCUGACGAAAAUUGGCCGACAUCGGGCUCGGUUUGGUUGAGACCAGUGCCAUCGGGAAUGUACAAGCUACUGAUGUGGAUCAAUAAAGAAUUCGGCAAUCCCCAAGUCAUUGUGACAGAGAAUGGUUGUAGCGACAGAGGUGGUCUCAACGAUCUGGAUCGCGUCGACUAUUUCAAUUCCUACUUGGAUGCAGUGCUGAAUGCAAUGGAAGAUGGAUGUAAUGUUGGGGGAUAUGUUGCCUGGAGCUUGAUGGACAGUUUCGAAUGGAAAGCUGGUUACACGGAAAAGUUUGGAUUGUAUCAUGUGGAUUUCUCCAGUAAAAGUAAAACCCGGACGCCAAAAGUGUCGGCCAAAGUUUACGCAAAUAUCGUGAAAACGCAUUCGAUUGACUGGCAUUUUCGGCCAAAGCCUAUAAUAACUUCGGCUGAAUUGGCUCAUCAGCGAUCCGGUGCAUUACAACUGACUAGUACGCUCGUAUCAACAGUAUUAACAAUUAGCAUAAUUGGCUCACGUUUUAUUUAUUGAAAGUGAAAGAACUUCUAUUUUUGUACUUUAUAAUGAAUACAAGGGACGCAAUUAAUUGUGAUAUUUAUUGACAUUAAAAAUUCUGAAAAUAAUUUUUUAACCGGAC